GGUCGGCCGCCAGGUGCCCCGGAGCCUUUAUAAAGCCCCGGAGGCGAGAUCGAGAGCUCCUUUCGGCCCCGAGCAGGCACCGUCCCCCAUCAUCAUGUGGAGGGAGAUUCUGGCGCACAGGAACUACCUGAUCGUCCUGCUGACCCCCUUCCUCUUUCUCCCCCUGCCCCUGCUCCUGCCUUACAAGGAAGCGCAAUGCGGCUACACCAUCAUCCUGAUGGCGCUCUUCUGGUGCACAGAGGCUCUGCCCUUGGCCGUCACUGCUCUGCUGCCCGUCAUCCUCUUCCCGCUCAUGGGCAUCAUGGACUCCACCACGGUGUGCAUGGAGUACCUGAAGGACACCAACAUGCUCUUCAUCGGGGGGCUGCUGGUGGCCAUCGCAGUGGAACACUGGGACCUGCACAAGCGCAUCGCCCUCCGCGUCCUGCUGCUCAUCGGGGUCCGGCCAGGCCUGCUCCUGAUGGGCUUCAUGGGUGUCACCGCCUUCCUCUCCAUGUGGAUCAGCAACACGGCCACCACCGCCAUGAUGGUGCCCAUCGCCCAGGCCGUCCUGGAGCAGCUGCACAGAUCCGAGCUGGAGCGGCUGCAGGCCAAGGAGGCCGUGGCCAAGAAGGGGACCGUCAAUGGAGGCUUUGAGCUGCAGGAGACCGUCCACCAGCAAGUAAACGGGCACGUAGUGACUGUGGAGAAGGAGAAAGUGUCCUGCGAGCAGCAGCAGCUGGAGAAGAAGCACCUGACCUUCUGCAAGGGAAUGAGCCUCGCGGUGUGUUACGCGGCCAGCAUUGGGGGGAUCGCCACCCUGACGGGGACCACGCCCAACCUGGUGAUGAAGGGGCAGAUGGACGACCUCUUCCCCGACAACGGCAACGUGGUCAACUUUGCCUCGUGGUUCAGCUUCGCUUUCCCCACCAUGGUGGUCCUGCUGAUCCUCUCCUGGGUCUGGCUGCUGCUGAUGUUCCUGGGCGUGGACUUCCGGAAGAACUUUGGGUGCGGCAUCAAUGAUUCGGAGAAGGCGGCCUCUAAGAUGGCCUACCGCAUCAUCAAGAACCAGCACCAGGCGCUGGGGCCCAUGAAGUUCUCCGAAAUCACCGUCCUGGUCCUCUUCAUCAUCCUGGUGCUCCUCUGGUUCACCCGGGAGCCGGGCUUCAUGCCGGGAUGGGCGAGUGCUGCCUUCUCCAAGGACGGGGAGAGCUACGUCACUGAUGCCACAGUGGUCAUCUUCAUUUCGAUGCUGCUGUUCCUCAUCCCCUCGGAGGUGCCCAGAUGCCGAACCCCAACAGGAGGGCAGAUCCGGGUGACCCCGGCCCUCCUGGACUGGCCAACUGUCAAUCAGAAGAUGCCCUGGAACAUCGUCAUCCUCUUGGGAGGAGGCUUUGCCUUGGCCAAAGGCAGUGAGGCGUCUGGCCUGUCCAAAUGGCUGGGGAGCAAGCUGACCCCCCUGGAGACCAUCCCUCACCCGGCCAUCGCCUUUGUGCUCUGCCUGCUGGUUGCCGUCUUCACCGAGUGCGCCAGCAACGUGGCCACCACCACCCUCUUCCUGCCCAUCCUGGCUUCCAUGGCUCAGGCCAUCUGCCUCAACCCCCUCUACGUGAUGCUGCCUUGCACCCUCUCCGCCUCGCUGGCCUUCAUGCUCCCGGUGGCCACCCCUCCCAACGCCAUCGUCUUCUCCUACGGGCAGCUGCGCGUCAUAGACAUGGUCAAAGCUGGCUGCAUGCUGAACUUACUGGGGGUCUUGACCAUCACCCUGGCCAUCAACACCUGGGGCUUCCCCCUCUUUGACCUCCACAAUUUCCCAAACUGGGCAAACGGCACCGCAAGUCAAUGCUGAGCCCAGGGAAGCGACUCUCUCUCAGAUGCGCUUUGGAUCCUCGAGUGGCAACUCCUACGCUCCGCUGAGGGACCGGCUCGCUUGGGGGGCCAUGGAGGUGCAAACUCAGCCUUCCCAGGCCGGCAGCAGCAGCAGCAGCAGCUGCGGAUGGGG